GCUUUUCACGUUGGUUUGUUUUAGGUUUUAGACGAAACCAUGAACAUAGAGCACUUCGAUUCGUUUAAAAGAGCCGACGUAUACGCUUUAGGGCUAAUAUUUUGGGAAAUAUCAAGACGGUGUAAUGUUGGUGGUAUUUAUGAUGAGUACCAAUUGCCGUUUUAUGAUGCCGUACCCUCAGAUCCUACCAUUGAGGAAAUGAGAAGGGUGGUUUGUGUUGAACGCCAAAGGCCUAGCAUACCGAACCGUUGGCAAAGUUGUGAAGCGUUGCAUGUCAUGAGUAAGUUGAUGAAAGAAUGCUGGUAUCAUAACGCCACGGCCAGACUGACCGCUUUGAGGAUUAAAAAGACUCUUGCCAACUUCAGAGCGUCGGAAGAAUUGAAAAUGUGAAGUCAGAGAAACGAGUGCUUUACGUAAGAAAUUGUUUUAGUUCAUAUAUUUCAAAUAACCUAUCCUACUUUCCUUGACAUAAAUACAUCCUCUCCUAUUUUCAUUUAACUUACUUAGAGACUCAUUAAUUUUUGAUACUGCUCUUAUAACGACCCAACAGUUUAGUUAAGUGCAGUUAGUAGAAUAUUAGAUUAUGAAU